AUGCUGAGGAUAGCCGCCCGCCGCCGGUCACCCUGGGGUGGCCACACAGACAUUGGCUCCGUGGUGCUUCCUUUCAACAUCGUAGGGGGCCUGCAGAUACUCCCGGCCGGAAACACCAACACGAGCGAGAACCGGCGCUAUAUCUGUCCAGAGCAGGGGUGCGCCGGGAUCAAUAUUGGCGACGCAAUUGUGGAGUGGAUGGGAGACGUGCUGCGCAGCUCGUUGCACCGUGUUGUCAAGGUGAUUCCCCCAGCGGUGGAAGGAGAACGAGAGGAGACACGGACGGUAGACGAAUGCAUUCUCUGGAGGACCCGGCACUUCGUAAACGGAGAGAAGCUGCAGACGCGAGGAGGAGGUUUGUCAGAACUGACCGGUUGA